CGGCGGUGACCGCCGAGGGGGGGCCCCCCGGUGCUGCGGAGGCUGCGGGAGGCGCGGGACGAGCUGCUGAGCUCCGGCUUCUGGGAGGAGAGCGCCGGAGCCGUUCGGGCCCCGCCGUGCUGGCGCGGGCGGCCGUGGCGCUGCGUCUGCUACGGGCUGGGCCGCUUCGGGACGUGCCCGCCGGCCGGCACCAGCUGGCCUUCCUGAUGCUGCUGCUCGACCUGCUGGCGGUGCCGCCCGACCGCUGCUCGGUGUUCGACCCGUCCUUCUCGGAGCUGGAGGUGGCGGCGCUGGGCGAGCUGGGGCUGCGGCUGCUCCCGGAGAACGAGGAGGGCAAGCACCGUGGUCCAGGAGGGCCCACGCUGUUCUACAUGGUGCACUGCGGGAAGGCGCUGUACAACAACCUCCUGUGGAGGAACUGGUCCCCUGCAGGCCCUGCUCCGACAUGGUCAUCAUCGGCAACAGCUUUAAGGGGGAUCGAGGAGAGAGUGCCGUCAAGAAUACUGGAGAGAGAUUACUCCUACGUAGCAAAGGUCUUAAAAGGGGAAGUAGCGCUCCCAGCACACCCUCGGUACACGACACCUUUAACGACACCGCUCCACUGGUUUCCCCCGCACAAACUGGAGCGGCUCUCCGCGGAGGUUUGGGAGUUUCUGGAGGAGCCGACGUACCAGGAGUGCGAGGACUUGGAGAUCAUCAGGAAGGGGGACGAAGGUAACGGGCGCAGCCCCACGGCAGCGCAGUCCUGACUGCUCCCCGGGCGGCUGCCCCGGGGCCGCGUCCCUCCUCCCAGGGUAACGCCAGCACGGCGGAGAAGCCCAAGCACAGAGAGCGUCACCCCCACCUGCGAGCGUGGCGCCUGGAUGCUGAGCCCUAUGGGACAGUGUUGUAGCUUAGUGGUUUUUAAUAAAGUGGAAGCUGUG